AUGGAAAGCUUCGUGGAGGAAGAGGAAAGGCAGCCAGGCCUUGAAGGACGAUCAACUCAAUUGCUUAUGACUGUCCCACUCACCCAGACUCAAGCACUUGGAAGCGUCUUUGACUCUUCCUUCUCUGACAUCGAGACCUUUGUACUCGUCUCCUAUCUGGCCUUCCUUUGUCCAGAGACGCCCUUUCACACAAAAGCCCACCCUCCACCUGUGACCAAUUUCAGUGUUUAUGUGAAGAAUCUCUGUACAAUAUAUUGGAAGUGGAGUCCUCCCGAAGGUGUCACUACAACAUGUGAGCUGUGGUAUAAUAGUCAUUUGGGGGAGGAAAAGGUACCGUCUAAUUCAGUGAUGGUCAGUAAAAACAACUUUCGCAUUGAAGAAGUGGCCCUUAAUGAAAGAAUUUGCCUCCAAGUGACAUCACAAUGCAAUGUGGAGAGCACUAAUACUAGUGACCCCGUAGAGAUGUGCACGGAGCCCCCUCGAGGUGACCCAGAGUCGGCUGUAACAAGACUGCAGUGCAUUUGGCACAACUUGAGCCAAAUGAAUUGUACGUGGCUCCCUGGGAAGACGGCACCACCUGACACAAGCUACAUUCUGCACUACUGGUACAACACUCUGGGAAAAAGUUUUCAGUGUUCAAACUUCUAUACGGAGGGACAACUCAACGGAUGUUCUUUUGAUCUGCUUGGAAAAAACGUUUCCUCUUCUGAUAAAAUUCAAAUAAUGGUCACAGAUACAACUGGAACAAUUCGACCUUCCUACAGUAUCAUUAAUUUAAACAAUGUGAAGCCGGAUCACCCCAUCCUAACAAACCUCUCCCUCCAGAAUGACAGCUUGUACGUGGAGUGGGAAAGCCCAGCAAACUUUGGCAGCAAUUGCUUAGUUUACCAGGUGGAAGUCAACAACAGCAAGUCAAUGGAACGCAAGGUUCACGAGCCCAAAAGCAAAUGUCACAUCACAGAAACUUCUCCAGAACUUAAAGAAAAUUCAAAGAAUAAAAAUUGUUUUGUGAUCCAUGAUGUUGACCCUGAUGCUGCAUAUACAGUCAGAGUGAGAGCCAAAGCCAGUAAGUUUUGCUUUGAAGACAGUGACCUGUGGAGUGCUUGGAGUCAAAAAAAACAUAUAGGCCAGAAGCACGACUCCAAGAUUCACACCAUCACCUUACUCUUCAUUCCAGUUGCUAUCUCCAUCUCCACUCUUCUCCUGCUGCUAUAUUUAAAGAGACUGAAAAUCAUUAUUUUUCCUCCAAUUCCUGACCCUGGGAAGAUUUUUAAAGAGAUGUUCGCAGACCAGAACGAUGACACCCUGCAAUGGAAAAAGUAUGACAUCUAUGAAAAACAAAUUAAAGAAGAAACCGAUUCCGUGGUGCUGGUCGAAAAUCUGAAGAGGACCUCUCAAUAGAGUGAAUAAUUUAUUUGGACCUCUACCAGGAAAUGUCUCCCAUCCUCCAUUAGUUACCUUGAAAAUCAUUCAGCGAAAGCUGAAACCAUUGGGCCAGUUACUUCAGAAGAGAUGUGUCGUAAAGCAGUUUCAGGUACAUAAGCUGUACGGCUGAACGCAGAGAAAGGAGUGGCCCAUUCGCAAAUGGUGGCUACAAAAUUUAUAUUGGGAGAAACCGCUUUCCUGGGAAGGCCACCUAAGCCAAAGCCAACAAGCCAACAAGAUGAUGGCAUUAAGAGUAGCUCAUUAAAUAAAACACAUGCCAGUCCACACCGGACGGCAGCGUAUGGUAGAAGACUGAGCAGAGUACAUUUACUUUCAUCAAGAAAACCUGAUGAGGUGAUAUACUUCUGUUUUUAUCCUUCUCAGCACUUUGUUGCCUUUCGUGCCUCCCGGUAAGAUGGAACCAAAGUGCCUUUUGAUGCCUGUCCUAAUGCUGCUCUGAUAAAAAGUGGUAUGUGACACACCUACCAGGAUGAAAAGCCUUCACUUGUUUGAUCUGGACUUCCUUGGCAUCCUCCCUUUCUCUUAACUGAAACAUCUUUCGGAGAUGGUUUUAUGACAGUCUGCCAGUAAGAAAUGGGCUUAUUACAGCAGCACGUGGUGGGCCCAGUUGAGAUGUUGGUCCCUUCGGAUGCACGGCUCCGCCACUGCGUAUACUGGACAAAAAGAAGAAUUCCGAGCUUUCAAGGUCUUCUUCAUCUGCUCUUGAAGGGGCUUGUGUCAGGUGACUAAGGCUGUACAUUCUGGUGGAUCUGCAGGAAUCUACCUGCCUUUUGAGCCUGCGCCAGCUUUUAGAAGCCCACGCUGGCGGUGACAACAACCCAGUGGAGGUCGGAGUGAACCCCUCUAUCCAGAACUUGGAAAGCCACCAAAGCUCCUAGAAACAAAUGGGACUUACAGUAGUCUUUGCCUUGCUUCAGUCAACAAGUAUUGAGCGCGGGUCAUGUGUGUCCCACAGCGUGCCAAGUCCCGCGGAAGGCGGAAACGAAGCCAAAGACAUGAUGCCUGCCCUUAUGGUGUAUGAUCCGUGCUUUUGUUCAAUGCUGUAUUUGCCCACCCUCUUCCCUCCUUUCUCUUUGUAGACUUGCCCUUUCCCACCCAACCCAGAAGUCGCUUGCCCUGUUCCCCUUUUGAGCCUUUCCCCCCCAUUUCCCAAGUUCUCCCCUGCCCAGCAGAGAAUGUAGGGGAUUAGCAAACUGAGGAAAACCAAGUGGGUGUUGGUAAGGACCAGAUAGCCCCCACAUUCCUCUUUCCUCUUUCUCCUGCACUCUGGCUUAAGGUAAGUGUGGGCAGGCUGGAUAAUGUUUAGAGAGUGUGCAUGCUUUGGUUUUGUUGGGGGUGGGGUGGGGUUAAGGCUGCAUCUGUUAUUCGGUUUUUGAUAUUAAAGUGCAAAUGUUUCUGCGUGUUUUCUAACUGAAGAGUUGAGUGUACUCUGAGGCUUGCUGUUUUGCUUUGGGGGAAAAAAUAGACGUGUUUUUCUCAUGGCCCACAAAGCUGGCCCUAAGAACUCUUUAGAGCCCCACUCACGACCUGGCCUUAGCUUGAGUAGGUAGAGUGACUUGUGUGAGUCACCAACCAGGCAGCCAAGUAGCCCACGUAUUUCCUGGGAGCUUUUUCAUCUCACGAGUUCCCUCCGGCUCCCAUUCGUUUUGGCAGUCCUGAAUUGCUUCUCCCCCUAUUUCUCCAGCAGCGCCACCGUGUUGUCUUUAACAGCUUUUAACAAAGGGGCCCUUCAAGGUGUUGUCAGGUUACGGCUUAGAGCAGUGAUGGGCAAACUGCGGCCCCCUGAAAUGUUCUAUCUGGCUGCGUGACAUUAUUCCUAAUCUG